UUUACUGCCAUUUAGGUAGUAAUAUAUGCGGAUUGCAGCCUCCCCUUUCGCUAGAACUAACUCAACCGUCGGAGCAUCAUGGCUCGUUACGCUCUCGGAACGAAGCAACACCCUCGCUUUCUAUGGAGAGUGUUUUGGUUGACGAGAACGUUGGUGGAUUUUGCGCUGUCGCAGGAGGUUUAUGCACCCCAUUCUAUCCGGAUUGAGGGACAUUUCACCCUCGGUGGCCUCUUCCCUGUGCACACCAGAGGGGCCGAAAGCACGCCUUGUGGAGAUAUCAAAAAGGAGAACGGGAUCCAUCGGCUGGAGGCCAUGCUGUAUGCUCUGGAUCAAAUUAACCUCGACGAUCAACUUUUACCCAACAUCACCCUAGGCGUCCGGGUGCUAGACACUUGUUCGAGGGAUACUUAUGCGCUUGAACAAUCAUUAACUUUCGUUCAGGCAUUGAUACAGAAGGACACUUCAGAUGUGAGGUGCACCAAUGGAGAACCGCCCGUGUUCGUCAAGCCCGAGAAAGUGGUUGGAGUCAUUGGAGCCUCGGCAAGUUCUGUAUCGAUUAUGGUCGCCAACAUUUUGCGCCUCUUUCAGAUCCCUCAGAUCAGCUAUGCCUCCACGGCCCCGGAACUGAGUGAUGACAGGCGCUAUGACUUCUUCUCUCGGGUGGUUCCUCCAGACUCAUUCCAGGUCCAAGCCAUGGUGGACAUCAUCAGAGCCCUGGGCUGGACCUACGUGUCCACCGUGGCCUCUGAGGGCAGCUACGGAGAGAAGGGUGUGGAAACUUUCCAACACAUCUCCAAGGAGGCUGGUGGGAUCUGCAUCGCACAGUCUUUAAAAAUUCCCCACAACCCCAAGCUAGAGGAUUAUGACAAAGCCAUCCAACAGCUGCUGGAAACACACCACUCCCGGGCAGUCAUCAUCUUUGCCAGUGAAGAAGACAUACGGGGAGUUCUCAAUGCCACCAAGAGAGCCAAUCAGGUGGGCCAUUUCCUGUGGAUUGGAUCGGACAGUUGGGGGUUGAAGAGCAGCCCAAUACACCAGUUAGAGGAUGUGGCUGUGGGAGCAGUCACUAUACUGCCCAAACGCUCGUCUAUUAAAGGGUUUGAUGAAUACUUCACCUCGCUCACCCUGGAGAAUAAUCGCAGAAAUGUGUGGUUCGCCGAGUUCUGGGAGGAAAAUUUUGACUGCAGGCUCCUCAGCUCCUCCAAACGAGAGGACACCAGCAGGAAAUGCACAGGCCAAGAGCGGAUCGGGAUAGACUCGAAGUAUGAGCAGGAGGGGAAGGUGCAGUUUGUAAUAGAUGCUGUGUACGCCAUGGCUUAUGCCCUCCACAAUAUACAGAGAGACCUGUGUCCAGAGCACUCUGGCAUUUGCCCCGGGAUGGAGGCAGCCGAGGGGAAGACCCUGCUCAAGUAUAUACGCAACGUCAGCUUCAACGGUAGUGCAGGCACGUCGGUUAUGUUUAAUAAAAACGGUGACGCUCCGGGACGCUACGACCUGUUCCAGUUUCAGAUGAACAACUCCAGUGUUCCUGAGUACAGGCCCAUCGGACAGUGGGUGGAGACACUCCAACUCAGGCUCGAGGAGAUGCAGUGGCCAGAAGGGGAGCCGGAUGUCCCUAUCUCUGUGUGCAGUCUGCCCUGUAAGACAGGUGAGAGGAAGAAGAGGGUAAAGGGCAUGCCAUGCUGCUGGCACUGUGAGCUGUGUGAUGGCUACCAGUACCAAUAUGAUGAGACAUUGUGCCGCCUGUGCUCCUACGACAUGAGGCCCGACCCAAACCGGACGACCUGCCAACCUAUCCCCGUCGUCAAGCUGGAGUGGCACUCCCCCUGGGCAGUCAUUCCCGUCUUCCUCGCCAUGCUGGGCAUCAUCGCCACCGUCUUCGUCAUGGCAACGUUCGUACGCUACAACGACACACCUAUUGUGCGGGCAUCGGGCCGCGAGCUGAGCUAUGUGCUGCUGACGGGCAUCUUCCUGUGCUACAUCAUCACAUUCCUGAUGAUCGCCAAGCCCGACGUGGGCGUGUGCUCCUUCCGGAGAAUCUUCUUGGGCCUGGGGAUGUGCAUCAGCUACGCCGCACUGCUCACCAAGACCAACCGCAUCUACCGGAUCUUUGAGCAGGGCAAGCAGACGGUGACCGCCCCACGUUUCAUCAGCCCCACCUCCCAGAUCGCUAUCACCUCCUCCCUCAUCUGCCUGCAGCUGCUGGGCGUGCUCAUCUGGUUCGCCGUGGACCCGCCCAACAUCAUCAUCGACUACGACGAGCAAAAGACCAUGAACCCCAACCUGGCGCGUGGCGUGCUGAAGUGUGACAUCACGGACCUGCAGAUGAUCUGUUCGCUGGGCUACAGCAUCCUUCUGAUGGUCACAUGUACCAUCUACGCCAUCAAAACCCGGGACGUGCCAGAGGACUUCAACGAGGCCAAGCCCAUCGGCUUCACCAUGUACACCACAUGUAUUGUGUGGCUGGCCUUCAUUCCCAUCUUCUUUGGCACGGCCCAAUCUGCAGAGAAGCUGUACAUCCAGACGACUACCCUCACCAUCUCUAUGAACCUCAGUGCCUCUGUAGCUCUCGGGAUGCUCUACAUGCCCAAGGUGUACAUCAUCAUCUUCCACCCAGAGCUUAACGUGCAGAAGAGGAAGAGGAGCUUCAAGGCUGUGGUCACUGCCGCCACCAUGUCCUCCCGUCUCUCUAUGAAGCCCAGCGAGAGGCCCAACGGAGAGGCCAAAUCUGAGCUGUGUGAAAACCCGCCCACCGACCCCAUGAGUCAAGCUACGAAGAAAACAUAUGUGAGUUACAACAACCUCAGGAUCUGAUGGGUUCCCAGGGAAUGCUCCAUGUCCUUACUCUGUGAUGAUGACCAAGACUAGGGAUCACAGGAAGAGAAUACCGGGACAGGGACACUACCUACCUAUGCACUCCAGGACUGUGGUUGGUGUCAACCUUUAUCAUUUUUGUCUUCUGAAGAGGAGGAUGGCAGGGGGAAAGGGAAAACGGAGGGAUGGAGAUAUUUGACAUGAGGAGUGAAUGAAUGAUGAAGAUACAAACACAGCUGUAAGAUGGUAACUGGGCCCUGGUCCAUUCUGUUCUGUUCUGUUCUAGAACCAGACCCUGGAACCUCUCUGUAGGGUUUUCCAUUAACAGUGAGUGAACAACCUCUGUGAUACAGGUGUGGGACUAAGUAAUCGCUGAAAAAAAUAUGUCUGAACAGUUUAUUUCAACAGUUUUCAAAAUAUUUUUUGUAAUAUCCAUUAAAGUCAUAUUCUCUUGCAGUGCUCAUGGUUUGUUUUUAAGUUAAGUGAGGUUUCUUCUGAGUUCCUUGUGCCUGAUCUUUCAUUUUUUCUGAGAUAACAUUAUGUUGAAUUUUGUUUGAAUAACUUUAAUUAGCAAGCUCCGCCACAUGCAUUUUGUUUUAUGAAAUCAACUCAAAUCAGCCAUUUUAACACAAAUAACUAUGUCAGAGUGACGGGCAAUGUAUCUAUAUUUUUUUGUAAAUAUCUGAGAGUAUUUUCGUGUUUGGAUGACAACAAAAAAAUAUCCAGUCUAUGUUUGAUUGGCUUUAGAUGGUAAGGGAAAAGCAGCACAAAGUGUUCACAUUGCAUGAGCCAAUGUUUGUGUUUUCUAUUUGAUGUAAAACAAAAAAAAGAUAAAUUCAUUCUUAAAAUGACUAUGAUGUUAACUAUCAUUCUGCAGUUUAUUCAGUUAUUUUAAAGAAAUUACCUGAUUCACAAGAGAAUAUGGCUUUAAUCUGUUAUUAAAAUGGACCCCUCUGCAUCUGCAAGCAUGUUUGAUUUAUAUAGUUUUGUACAGAGUACAUUGUGUUUAAUUAUCAAUGGAGUGGGGGAAAAAAACAUUC